AUGUCCGAAAUAUACCCUACUGUCCAGGACAAUGAACCCAUCGCUAUUGAGUCUGCUACCGAACUGGCUAAGCGAGCCUAUGCGCUUGGAAAGCUGGAGGCAGCAGUAUCAUACUAUGCCAUGGCCCUUGAGCUGAUGACUGAGAAGCACGGCGAGAACUCUCCUGAAUCUGCCGAUCUUCUCUUUGCAUACGGAAAAACGCUGCUAGAAAAUGCUGUUUCCCAGUCCGCCGUUCUCGCUCAAGAGAAGGAGGCUAAUGGAGAGGAUGAGGAAGGCGAGGUGGUAAAGGAGAAGGCAUCACGAUUCCAUUUCGGCGGCGACGAGGAAGAAGACGGGGAGAAGGUUCUGGAUUUAAGAAAUGAUUUAUCCGAAGACGAGUCGGAGGGGGAACAAGAGGAAGAUAAGAACGAUUCCCCAGAGGACGAUUUCAAUGCUGCAUGGGAGGUCCUAGAUCUGGCUCGUGCUUUCUACCAGAAGAAGGACGAUGAAGAGUCCAGACUCAAGCUUGCAGACUGCUAUGUUGCGUUGGGGGAUGUUUCGCUUGAGACAGAGAAAUUCGAACAAGCCAUCUCUGAUUACACUUCUGCCUUGAACCUCAAGACCGAGCUACUGCCCUUACACCAUCGUCAGAUAGCUGAAGCGCAUUGGAAGCUCAGCAUGGUCCUUGAUCUUACCUCUGGGCGACUAGGUGAUGCCGUCGAGCACGUCGAAAAAGCGAUAGCCAGUGUAGUUUCCCGUCUUCGAGUUCUCCGGGAUGGCGUGCAAGGGGAACUACCUGAACCAGCUCGCGCCGACCCGAAGGGGAAGGGGAAGGCCACCGUUGUCGGCAUUCAAAUUGGGGAUCCUAUUGCCUCGCUGACUAAGGAGCAGAUGGAGAAAGAAAUCAGCGAGUUUGAGGAGUUGAAAGGAGAGCUUCAGCUCAAGCUUGAUGACCUCAGGAUGGCUCCAGAGAAAGCCGAAGAGAUGAGCGCCCCUGCAUUAGCUGCUGCACAACUAACUAAAGAACUUGGUGGACCAUCGGGUACAUCAUUAACUAAUGCGCAGAUCAACGACCUGACAGGUAUGGUGAAAAAGAAGAAAAAGGUGCCAGAUGUAGCCCCAGGACCAGACGACUCCUCUUCUUCGGGAAAACGCAAAGCAGAGGAAACUCCGGCUUCGGGGAAUCUUCCAGAUAAGAAACAUAAACUUAAUGACGGUAGAACAUAA